GAUGGGCGGGGACCUUCAAAACCUUUUCUCCCCCCUUGUAUUCUUUGCAAAACUGUGCGAAAGUUCACCACUCUUGUUUUGUGGUUGUUGUGGUUGUGAAAUAAUUAUUUGAUUUUUGGGCUGAUAUGCCCCCGCGUUCCGUUCUUCUCAAUGUUUUCGCAACUAUGGCUACGAGGGGUGGGAAGGAGGAGGUGAGGGAAGUGCAGGUUGAAGAUGGUUCGGAGAUGGAGAUUGACAAGGUUGAAGAGGGUCAACAUCCCUGCCAUUCUUCUCCAGAGAUUCGAGAAGGCGCAAGGGACGUUCGUGAGGGUAGGCAUCUGCAUCCUAUGUCUUUGCGACUUUCAAUACUCCUCGACGGGUACUCUCACUGAUAUUCAACAGCUCCGAUGUGUGCGACAUGCGGCUUUUCUUCACUUAUCGCCACCGGUCCGCCUCUACUCCGCUGCUCUCGAUGUCAAGCGGUGUAUUACUGCUCCAAAGCCUGUCAAAGGGCGGACUGGAAGUCGCACAAGGCUAGCUGCACCCGAGCCCCGCAUCAUUCUCACUCACCGUAUACCAUCACCCCCCAACCCUCAUGUCCAAGCAGCCCAAGCGGCUUUCCUAGCCCAGUAUCUCCGGAUAUCGUAAAAAUCAACCUCCAUGCUCUGGAUUCUAUGACCGUCUAUAAGCACCUGAUCGACGCGUACCGACUCCUCGCUAAUGAAUCCUGGAAUGCCAGUAGCAUGGUACGUCCCAGGUGUUCUCUCCACGAUGCAGAUGACCACCAUAGCGUUAAUCCGAUUCCUACUUUCCGGCAUUUCUUGAACGAGGCGGAACGCCGUAAUGGCUUGUUGCCGAUGUGGUGGACGCAGGACACUAAGAGGGAUUGUGAGGAGAUGGAAUUGCGGUUGCAGCGGAAUCCGAGAGAGUGGAGGGAUGUGGAGUGGGCUGGGGAUGUUAAUGCUAAGAGGAAGCACGAGGAUGACAGGAUGGCAGAGGGGUUGAGGGAGUUGGCAGAGAGGUGUGUGGGUGUGCAGAGAAUAGAUAUCACAGUAUAGAGUGUGUGGGUAGACUUCAUUGGCGAGCGACAGAGUAGUGUUGAGGGUAAAAUGAUUGAUUUGAGCGCAUCUAUUUGGGGUUUGCCAUAUAGACAUUAUAUAGAGAACUAUAUAUCGGCUUCAGUGCUGCAAUGUCAUGCCUUACGAUUCAUUCUUCUCCUCCUGGGUUUCAUCCCCGAGAUCUGAACUCUGAGGGGGCGAUAGUGAUAGCCCUUCAGCAUUUCAGCC